UUCCUCUCUGCACUGUGAGAGCUUGGUGUAAAAGCAGGCUGGGAACAACUCUCUGAUCUGACUCCAGUGCAGAACAGUCAAAGACGAGUGAAAAAAACGUUCAAUCUUACUCAGCGCAUUCUGCAGCGGUGAAGAGGGGACACUGUGGGUGACUGCUUCCAGAAAACAUCUUGGCUCUGCAGACCCAAUAGAAUUUGCAGCCUUAAUUAGAAAAAAAAAACUAAGAAUGGGUCUUUUCUUCACAAAGAGUAUUCUGUAAACUUGUUUUACAUGUCCAUUAAAUAUCUAUGCCAAGUGGAAUUUUUAGGACACAAGGAUUAGAACAGUGGAAAUGACUUCAGAAUAUACUAAAGACAGAAGAGAAUGAGAAUUGUGCUUUCCUUUAAAAAGUAUAAGUAAUAAAAGCUUUUUUUUUUUUUUAAAGGUUCUUUUCUGAAUACGUCCUAAAGGGUUGUUUGGAUUUUGAUAAUUCCUGUUAAACAUGAGUGGACUGGACGUUAAGGGAGGCUGUUUGGUGCUGCUGGCUGCUCUCCUGUGGCUGUCCAAUCUGGCUGAAGGAGGGUGCUCUGCAAAGUGCUGUAAAGGCAGAGACCCGACCUGCAGUAGCACAGACUGGAGGAUGGACCGGGUCUUUGGGACCUGCUUCUGUGACGAAACCUGCAAACUCAUAGGGGAUUGCUGCUAUGGUUACACACAAGAGUGUCCAGCCCAGUCCUGCACAGUUAGCGAGUGGAGUCCCUGGAGUGGCUGUGCCCUGCAAUGCAAACCUACCUACCGGGUCCGCAUACGAAGCAUUGAGAGAGAGCCCAAGAAUGGAGGGGAUCCUUGUCCAGCCCUGGAGGAAAAAGCUGGCUGCCUGGAAUACAUCAACUACCAAGGGCAGUACUGUGCACAUACACAUGGGCCUGCUUUUAUUACAACCUUGGAAUACAAUAAAGAAAGAAGAAAACGAGAUCUGUCCACCGAAUCAGAUGCUGCUGGGUAUUGUAUGGAAUUUAAGCUGGAAUCCCUUUCCCAGCAGUGCACCAUGGAGACCCGGCCCUACGCGCGAUGGAUGCAGUAUCUACGAGAGGGCUAUACAGUAUGUGUAAUUUGUCAACCACCAGCUAUGAACAGGGACAGCCACAGCUGCCAAGGAGAUGGCACAGACUUUGAUAGAAAUAAAAUCCUUCACUGGCAAGCGGUUGGCAACUCUCGAUGCAGGGGAACAUGGAAGAAAGUCCAAAGAGUGGAGCAGUGCUCUUGCCCAGUUGUACAUAGUUUUGUUUUUACUUGAAUACUUCUGGAACACCAACCUAAACACAUUCCUGCUGUUGGUUACCACUGUAUACUUUUUUUUUUUCAUUAAAAAAAAAAAAUCUGUAUAUAUGUAACAAGAUUGGCCGGUGAAAACGCUACAGUAUUGUUAAAUAAAAAAUGUGAUAUUAA